AUGCGGUGGCGGCUGCCUGGCGCCCGAACAACCCUCCCCGCCAGCGUCGCCCUUCUUCUACUCCCCAUUCUUGUUGCUCCGCAGCAGCUGCAGGAACACGAUGACCGCCCCUCCACCGUCUCCGCCCCGUACCCCCCGGCCGGACGAGCGUUCGAGUAUGACCCCCUCGCUACAAUCCACGUGAAAUCCAACGAUGCGAGCGCCCUUGCAACCAUGGCUCUGGCGGGCUCCGGCCGCGCCGUUCGAGCCCAUCCUGCCCCGGCCAGCAGUUCCUCUGCCGGCCUGGCACCGCAGCUUCACGCGCGGUCUCUGCAGGAUUGGGAGGUUGAGGACUUUGUCCUGCUGGCGACCGUCGACGGUUCCAUUCACGCACGCGACCGCAAAACCGGCGCCGCUCGCUGGGCCCUCGAGGUCCCCAGCAGCCCCAUGAUCGAGAGCAUCUACCAUCGCGCCAACCAUUCGAGCUUCGAUCGCACCCAGCCCGAAGACGACUUUCUCUGGAUCGUCGAGCCCAGCCAGGAUGGGAGCUUGUACAUCUACAGUCCCGAUCCGGAUGCCGGGUUGCAGCGCUUAGGCCUGACCGUCAAGGAACUGGUCGAGCAGACCCCCUAUUCGGGAAUCGACCCCGCGGUGACGUAUACCGCGCGGAAGGAAACGACGCUGUACACCGUCGACGCGCGGACGGGAAAUAUUCUCCGGGUCUUUAGUUCGCGAGGGCCCAUCAGCUCCGGGCAGGGGGGCUGCCGCAAAGUCGAUGCAUUCGACCAGGAAUCGGACGAGUGUGACUCGCCGUCGGGGACCCUGGUCCUCGGUCGCGUCGAGUAUGCCGUGGCGAUUCAGAACACCGAGACGGGCGACGCGAUCUGCACCUUGAAGUACUCCGAAUGGACCGCCAACAACCGCGACAUGGACCUCCAGAGCCAGUACUUCCGGACGAUGGAUCAGAGCCACAUCUACAGCAUGCAUGACGGGGUGGUGCUGGGCUUCGAUCAUUCGCGGAUGGACCGUCCCCGCUACACGCAGCGUUUCUCCACUCCCGUGGUGCGGGUCUUCGAUGUCGCCCGCCCCGUCAACGUCGAAUCGCCCGAUGCCGCCCCGCCGCUGGUGCUUCUGUCGCAGCCGGCGCAGCCUCCCGAUCCCGACUAUGGCCCCUUGAACGACGAGCGAGACGCGCGAGUCUGGAUUGACCGCACCGAGGGCGGCGGCUGGUAUGCCAUGUCGGAAGAGACGUACCCACUGGUCACCGGGCGUGCCAAGAUGGCCCAGUGCUACGAGAAGGAUUACCUGCGGUAUGGACAGCCGCUCAACAGCUUGUCCGCCGGCCAACAGCGGGAUGCACUGAGUGGCGUCCACUCGCUGAAUGGCCCGCGGAUCGUCCGGAACAUCCCCAGUAUCUCUGGACCCUCUCACCACCUGGAACUCAACAACAACGAUACGCCGCGGGAACUGAUUCGCAGCCCGUCGGAGCUGGCAUUACCACCUGCCUUGCGACACAGUACCAUUAUCCGAAAGGGAUGGGAUAAUGCCGUGGACAUCUUCGUGACGCUCCUGUUACUCUUCUUCGGUGCCUUUAUCUAUUUCAACUCCCAUAAUAUCCAGGAGCUGGCCAAGCAGAAGCUGGACAUCAAGAACAUCAUGGCGUCGUACGCUCAGCCACCCCUAUCGACUCCCGCGAGUCCCGUCGUGGGUGCUACCUUCAAGCGCGAUGCCAGUCCGAUGCGACCUGUCGCCAAUUUCACCGUCGAUGUCGAGGUCCCCGACGAACCGCAAGGGGGCGAUGAGACGCCCCGGCCCAAGCGCGACCGCAGUCUUGCCGUCCCAGGCUCGACGCCUCGGGUGAAGAUCCGAGAGCCCUCCCGCGGCCCCGACGAUGAGGAAGAUCUGGACGAUCCGACCGCCAACGAGGAUGCUGAGAAACCGAAGAAGGCUCGCCGGGGUCGCCGGGGCGGCAAGGCACAUCGGCGUCGAAAGAAGCCCGGCACUGACGGCGAAUCGCAGGCCCAGCCGGAUCGAGUGGUGGAGGAGGUGAAUAAUCUCCAGCCUCCCUCCCGUCUGGAGCCCGAUGUGCAGCUGGUGCGGAGCGUGUCCAAUGAGUUCGUCGAGAUGGACGGCGUUCUCCGGAUCGGUCGACUGAAGGUGUUUAGCGACGUCGUGCUUGGCCAUGGCAGUCAUGGCACCGUCGUGUACCGCGGCUCCUUCGACGGACGCGACGUGGCGGUCAAGCGUAUGUUGGUCGAGUUCUACGAUAUUGCCUCCCACGAGGUGGGACUGCUGCAGGAAAGUGACGAUCACAACAAUGUCAUCCGGUAUUUCUGUCGCGAGCAAGCCACCGGGUUCCUGUACAUUGCGCUGGAGCUGUGUCCUGCCUCCCUGCAGGACUUGAUCGAGCGUCCCGGGGACUACCCGCAGCUCGUGCAGACCGGCUUAGAUCUGCCGGAUAUCCUGCGUCAGAUCAUCGCUGGCGUCCGCUAUCUGCACUCGCUCAAGAUUGUGCACCGCGAUCUGAAGCCGCAGAAUAUUCUGGUUGCGAUGCCGCGGGGCCGCACCGGGUCCCGAUCGCUGCGUCUUCUCAUUUCCGACUUCGGCCUAUGCAAGAAGCUGGACGACAACCAGAGCUCGUUCCGUGCGACGACCGCGCACGCCGCCGGAACGUCGGGCUGGCGGGCCCCGGAAUUGCUGGUCGACGACGACAACCGCUCGGCGAUCCAAGGGGAGUCUCAGCAUACCGAGUCGUCCGAACCGGCCGUCGUUGAUCCCCAGACGAACCGACGCGCCACCCGAGCCAUCGACAUCUUCUCCCUGGGCUGUGUUUUCUACUACGUGUUGACGCGGGGCAGCCAUCCGUUUGAUAAGAAUGGCAAGUUCAUGCGCGAGGCGAACAUCGUCAAGGGCAAUUUCAACCUGGAUGAACUCCAGCGGCUGGGUGAUUACGCGUUUGAGGCGGAUGAUUUGAUUCGUUCCAUGCUGUGCCUUGAGCCUCGUCAACGACCCGAUGCGAGCGCCGUUCUCAUGCACCCUUUCUUCUGGAACCCGUCCGACCGUCUGAGCUUCCUCUGCGACGUCUCGGACCACUUCGAGUUCGAGCCCCGCGACCCUCCGUCGGACGCUCUUCUCUGCCUGGAGUCCGUGGCGCCGGAUGUGAUGGGCCCGGACCUGGAUUUCCUGCGCCUUCUGCCCAAGGAUUUCAAGGACAACCUCGGCAAGCAGCGCAAGUACACGGGGUCCAAGAUGCUGGAUCUGCUCCGGGCGCUGCGCAACAAGCGCAACCACUACAACGACAUGCCGGAGCAUCUCAAGGCCCAUGUUGGCGGGCUGCCCGAGGGCUACUUGAAUUUCUGGACGGUCCGGUUCCCCAGUCUGCUCAUGAGCUGUCACUGGGUGAUUGGGGAGUUGCGGUUGACGAAGAUUGACCGGUUCAAGCGCUACUUUACUCCUGUGGAGUAG